AUGGAUCCCUUAUAUGUUGUAAUUCCGUCGAUUGCUGGCUCAUUACUCACUGGAGCUGCCAUAUUUCUCAAUGUUCAAACCAUUUGGGCUAAUGGAUUCCCACAACUCUCAACCAUGCUGCUGAGUGACAAGGAGAGCCAAAAAGCCUUUGUCGCUUGUCAUGGUGGUGGCCUCGCUUGGUAUGGAGAGUCUGUCUAUGACGUGCGACUAGAUAGGCCACGAACAGCCGCUCGUAUUGGAGCAUUGUCCCUCCAUUCAACACAUUUGCAGUUUGUCCCAAAUGACGGCGCGUCUGGAGAACUGACUAUCACGUACUGCUCCAUCUCAUCCAUUGACAAGAAGAUCGCCACGUUCUCGAAUGCAACUACACACUACCCAAUCUUCAUAUACACAAAAAGCUUCUUGAAUGCUAGAUUCUACUUGCUACGUGAUCAGGAUUCUCAAGAUGCUUUCUCGAUCUUGACUAAAUUCAUCAAUGUUGGCAAGUUUUCUUCAUUGGAUCAAUUGUAUGCCUUUACGUACAGACGAGCAGUCACUUACUCUGAAGAUGGAUGGUCCGUGUUUGAUCCUGAAAGGGAGUACAAGCGGAUGGGUGUUGGCUCAAGAACAGAUGCUUGGCGAUGGUCCAAAGUCAAUGAGCACUACGAGUUCUCGUCAACAUAUCCAAAACUGCUCGUUGUACCAAAUAAGAUUAGUGACAACGUUCUGAAACAUACAGCCAAGUUCAGAAGUAAAGCUAGAAUACCAGCAUUGAGUUAUCUGCACCGACACAAUAUGGUGUCGAUAACACGAUCAAGUCAGCCGAUGGUAGGCCUUCGAAACAAUAGAUCAGUACAAGAUGAGAAACUGGUUGAAUGUAUAUUUGGAUCUGGACUACUACCACUCGAAUCUGGACGAUACAAUUUGAUUAUUGAUGCUCGUCCUGCUAUGAACGUGGCAGGUCAAACUGCUAUGGGAGCUGGAACAGAAUCAACAGAGAAUUAUCGUGGAUGUCGCCUAGAGUUGAUGAAUAUUGAAAACAUUCAUGUGAUCAGAGAUAGUAUGAACAAGUUGAUUGAUGUGGUAUCAUCUUCAGAUGGAAUGGUGUCGAGAGAUCGAUUAGACAGAACUAACUGGCUCAGGCAUAUACGGAAUUUGAUUGAUGCAUCUUUAAAAGUGGUUCAACAUGUGCACCUGUAUAAUGCGCAUGUCCUAGUGCACUGCAGUGACGGAUGGGAUAGAACAGCUCAGUUAACGUCACUAGCUCAAAUAUGUCUUGAUCCAUAUUAUCGAACAAUCAGAGGAUUUGCAGUCCUUGUAGAAAAAGAAUGGUGCUCCUUUGGUCACAAAUUCCGUGAUCGAUGUGGUCACUUAUGUAUGGAUGCUUCUCAUGGUGGUGCUUCAGAAGGAGACACAUCAUCUGGCAGCUCGAAUUCAUCAGGAAACCCCUUCCAACAAGUUUCCAAAUCAGCAGCGAAUUCUAUAGCUGGUAGUAUGCGGGGUCUGAUGUCGUCAUCCAAGACUCGCAUGAGUAGUAGUAUGCUGUCGACAUCUGUAUCAGUUGAUGGAUUGAGUUCCUUAUAUACGAAUGGAUCCACGUCGCUAUUGGCAUCUGGACGGUCUGGAUCUGCGACUAGUGUCAGCAAUCUCAAUACCACCUAUAAUGCCAAUCUACCGUCUGAAAAGAGUGUGAAUAGACAGACAGCACAUCCUAAGGAAUGCUGUCCGACGUUUGUGCAAUUCUUGGAUUGCUUGUAUCAGAUAUGGACACAAUUCCCAACCCACUUUGAGUAUUCUGAUAAGUUAUUAGUUGUGCUUGCUGAACAUGCAUAUUCAUGUCAGUUUGGUAACUUUAUAUUUAACUGUGAACGAGAACGUAAUACCUUUGGUAUACCCAACCCGGACAACACUGGCUAUUUAUCACUUCAAGAAUCAUCGCAUUCAGUCUGGUCCCAUAUAUUAUCUAAUGAAACCGAGUUUAAGAACUCCUCAUACGUGGCCUCUUCAUCAUCCUCUAAUAACUCUGUACAAUAUGGUGCUGGUGGUGGAACAAUUGGAUUGAACGGUGAACCUGGAACCGUCAGUCCCGAUGGCGACAUCUUGUAUCCGUCCUCCAGUAAUCUACGCUUCUUCUCGGGUCUGUAUGCUCGAGAUGGAGAGAAUCAAGUCGAAGUGAACGAACGGGUGGAAACUGUUACAAAAGAGGCGGGUCUUGGCAUACCAUCAGCUUGGAGUCCUGCAGCAAUGUUAGAUUCGCUUGCUGGUCUAUCAGUCAAAUCUUCACAACAAGCAGUAAUAGUAAAACCGCAGGAGAUUCAAUUGUCGAGUAUCGAAGACGCUGGUGGGAAGGAACUGAAACCUGUUAGGGCAAUAGACUGGGAUCCGUUGACAUCAUAA